AUGGGUGGUUCAGAAUGGUGUAUUAUGUUAUUUCCUGAUGCUCUUGCUCAUUGUGAUUCUGAUCCAAAUUGUGGUGGAUAUACAAUGACAACAGCUGAAUGGUUUCAUAAAAAAUACGAUAAAAAUGGACAAGUUGCCGUUCAUUUGGCUAAAUCUGGUCAAAAACCAAUUUCUUGUUUAUCAGAAUGGAGUACUUAUGACAAACAAAAUGUUAUUCGUGAUACUCCUGUAACAUAUGGAAUAUCAACAUGUGGAAAUAAUAAUCAAGAGACAUGCGAAAAAUUACAAAAUUUUAAUUAUAUGUUUGUUAGUAAUUCAAAUGCUAUCGAGAGUACUUCAUCAUAUUCAUGUUACAAUCAUCUAAAUAGAUUUGAAAAUAAGGAUUUUAAGUGCAUUUUACCAAUGGUUGAUGGUAUAACACUUUGUAAUUCCGAUGAACAAUGUGAAGGAUUUAUGAUUAACACAGAUGAAAAUUGGCAAAAGAAGUUUUUUAGUAAUGGAAUGCAAACAGUACAAUUGUUCGGAAAAGGUGUUACAUAUACACCAAGUGAAACAUGGCGUAGUUUCAAAAAACAACAUUAA